CGUUAUGAGCGUUUGGUAGAUUGAAUCUCGGCUGCUUUGAGUUCUGCAUCGAUCAUUCAUUGAUAUUUGUGUAUCUGAUGAAGAUGAGGGUGAGCAGCUCUCUGUAUGUGGGCGAUCUGGAGCCGGACGUGACUGAAGCCAUGCUGUUCGAGCGCUUCAGAUCGGUCGGUUCGAUUCAGUCCAUCCGAGUCUGUCGAGACAAACUCACGAGCCGCUCGCUCGGAUACGCGUAUGUGAACUUCGAGCGACCCACUGAUGCCGAACGUGCCUUGGAUACCAUGAACUUUGACCUCAUGCAGGGUAAGCCGAUGCGUCUAAUGUGGUGUCAGCGAAACCCUUCACUGAGGAAGAGCGGUGUGGGAAACAUCUUCAUUAAGAAUCUGCAGAAAUCCAUUAACAGCGAGGGCCUGUUUGACAUCUUCUCAUCAUUUGGAAACAUCUUGUCCUGUAAAGUGGCUUGCGAUGAAAACGGAUCGAAAGGCUUUGGAUUUGUGCACUUUGAGACGCAUGAAGCUGCUGAAAAAGCCAUCAAGAAAUUAAACGGCAUGUUGAUCAACGAGCUGAAAGUGUUCGUCGGCCACUUCAAAUCGCAAAAAGAGCGUGAAGCUGAAAUGCAGACGAGAGCAAAAGAGUUUACAAACAUUUACAUCAAGAACUUUGGCACGGAUGUGGAUGCCAAGAUGCUCACUGAGAUAUUCAGCAAAUUCGGCCCAACCCUGAGCGUUCGGGUCAUGACGGAUGAGAGCGGAAACUCUAGAGGAUUUGGUUUUGUCAGCUUCGAGAGUCACAGUGAUGCGAAGCAGGCGGUGGACGAAUUGAACAGGACGGAGCUGAACGGCAGGCAGGUGUUCGUGGGCCGUGCUCAGAAGAGACGAGAACGUCAGGUGGAGUUGAAGCGGCGCUUCGAGAUGAUAAAACAGGAGCGCAUGAUGCGCUAUCAGGGAGUGAAUCUGUACGUCAAGAAUCUGAGCGACAGCGUGGACAGCGAACUUCUCCUCAAAGAGUUCUCGCCAUACGGGAACAUCACCAGCGCUAAGGUGAUGACAGACGGCAGCCGCAGCCGAGGCUUCGGAUUCGUUUGCUUCUCCUCUGCUGAAGAGGCCACCAGAGCCAUUACUGAGAUGAACUGCCGUAUCAUCGGCUCCAAGCCCAUAUACGUCUCUCUCGCCCAGAGGAAGAAGGAGCGUCAGGCCCACCUCAUCCACCAAUACAUGAUGAGAAGGGCAAGCUUCCAAAGGCAGCAGCUGAUGCUAAACCCGCUGGUGGAGCCGUUCCACCCGAAACCACACGCUGAGCACUUCAUACCUCCACAGGUUCAGAAUCACUCUUCAUACCACGUCACCCAACAUCAACCCAGCACUCAAUGGGACGCACAGAGCAUCAGCCCUCAGUAUGCCCAAAACGCCCCAAGAGCCGUUCAGUCCACAGUGAGUGACAUCAGACCCAACACAUCCAUGAUGAGCUGUCAGAGCGAAGCUAGUCACACUCACUGGACGCCCGGCACAGCUGCACCAGUGAACGGAGCACUGCAACACAUGUUCACACCUGAAGAUCACAACUAUCACAGGUUCACAAGCGCACCGCAGGAGCAAUGGGCUGUGCAGCAGGUCCAGGAGUCUCUGACCGCAUCCAUGUCCAGCUCACCAGAAAACCUCAAACAGAUGCUGAGCAAGUUUAUUUCUGUAUUAUUGUGGCUUGUCGAUAUUUUAAAACUCUUGUUCGAUUUGUUUCCAUUUCUUUUGAGCGCAUCUCUCCAUACUUCCACAGGUCACAGCCUCUUCCCACUCAUCCAGGACAUGGUAGGGCCAUUGGCGAAUAAGAUCACUGAAAUGCUGUUAGAGAUUGAUGAAUCUGAACUGCUUCAAUUGCUGCAUUGUCAUGAGGCUUUGUGCAUGAAGGUGAAUGAAGCGCUUGCUGUUUAUCAGUCUUAUCAGCCAGUGGAAGCGACACAGAUAUAAUUCACCAACCCUGUCUGAGACAGUGUCCAAGACCACAGCUUAUUUUUUCAUUUUAAAAAUGAAUAUACAUUUGAUUUUUUUUUUUUUUUUAUUUCUUUUAAUUCAUUUAACAAUUUAAUGUUAAUUACAAAAAUUGUUCUGCAUAAAUAUAUUUGCAUUUUUCAAUAUCAAUUAAGAAAAUUGUUAAUCCACAAUAUAAAUAAAUAUAUUUUGCAGUUUUUGCUGGUUCCAGUGCAUUUUUAUUUUAAAUGUUUUCAAUUUUUUUAAGUUUUAAAUAGCAAUGCCACAUUUAAUUUUACAUAUUAGAGUCAAAGAUGAGUCGAGGCACACUAUAAAGCUAUUAUCACAAAAUGUGUUCUAGUACAAAGCACUA